UCCAAGCUCUCAGCCUCUGGGGUGCCCUGUAUAGCCACCUGCUGUGUGGAUGGCACGAGGCGGGGUGAUUCUUCAGCCCCGUUUCUCCCCCAUAGCCUGUGGUGUCCCAGUUCCCCUUUAGGUGGCCACAGCCCUGUGGUGGCCGUGGCUUCCUCUGGGGCUUCCUUGGCCCCACCUCGCAUGCAGGGCGUUUCCUUCCCCAACAGGGACCCGACCCCGGGCCAGAUGCAGACAUGGUGACUGCGCUGCUGCUCGCCCUGCUGUGGGGCGGGUCCCUGCAGGAGGACUCAGGGUAUGAGCUGCACCUGCAGGACCUGGUGACGGUGCAGGAGGGCCUGUGCGUCCUCGUUAACUGCUCCUUCUCCUACCCCUGGAGUCGGUGGGCUCCCGCUGGAGAGCUCUACGCCUACUGGUACCGGGAGGGGGACAGCCUGUUCCUCGGUGCUGUGGCUACAAACAACCAGCGGAGAGCAGUGAAGGCAGAGACCCGGGGCCGGUUCCGCCUCCUCGGGGACCCCGAGGCCAACAACUGCUCCCUGAGCAUCCGAGACGCCAGGAGGAGCGACACAGGCACCUACUACUUCCGAGUGGAGAGAGGAGAGCGUGUGAGAUACAGUUACAGAGAUAAGACGCUGAAUUUGCAGGUGACAGCCCUGACCCAGAAACCUGACAUCCACCUUCCGGAGCCUCUGCAGGCGGGCAGCCCCGCGAACCUGACCUGCAGCCUGGCGGAAUCCUGUGAAGGGGGCGGGCCUCUCCUGGUCGCCUGGGUGGGUGAUGCUGUUGACUCUCUGGACGCCACGACUGACCCCUCCUCAGUGCUCACCCUCACCCCGAGGCCCCAGGAUCAUGGCACCAACCUCACGUGCCAGGUGACACUCCAAGGACCUCAGGUGGCCACGGAGAGGACCAUCUGGCUCAAUGUCUCCUACUCUCCGCAGAACCUCACCAUCAGCGUCUCGGAAAAUGCCACAGCUCCCGAGAUUCUGCUGACCACUUCGUCCCUCCUGGUCGUGGAGGGCCAGGCUCUGCGGCUGCUCUGUGCUGCUGACAGCAACCCUGUUGCAGAGCUGAGCUGGUUCCGGGGGCCCCCAGCCCUCCACACCACCCCCUUCUCCAGCACCGAGACCCUGGAGCUGCCCCGGGUGGAGCUGGGCCACGGGGGUGAAUUCACCUGCCAUGCUCGGAACCGGCUGGGCUCCCAGCACGUCUCUCUGAGCCUCUCUGUGCACCACCCCCCGCGGCUGCUGGGCCCCUCUUGCUCCUGGGAGGACCGGGGGCUGCACUGCAACUGCUCCUCCCGGGCCCUGCCGGCCCCCUCUCUGUGCUGGCGGCUGGGGGAGGCGCUGCUGCAGGGGAACCACAGCAACGCCUCCCUGACGGUCACCUCCAGCGCCCAGGGGCCCUGGGCCCACAGCGCCCUGAGGCUCAGCGGGGCGCCCGGCUCCGGCCUCAGACUCAGCUGCGAGGCCAGGAACGUGCACGGCGGGGCCCGGAGCAGCGCCGUCCUGCUGCUGCCAGGAGGCUCGGUGUCCAUGUCAGGAGUGGUUCCCGGGGCUCUUGGAGGCGCUGGCGUCACGGCCCUGCUGUUCCUGUGUCUGGGCCUCCUCUACCUCUGCAUAGUAAGAGUCCGCAGGAAGCAAGCAGCCAGGAAACGAGAGGGCAUGGAUGAUGAAGACCCUGUCAUGGGGACAGUCGCCUGGGGUUCCAGGCAAAGGCCCUGGCCAGACAGCGCCCCAGACCAAGCUGGGGAUGCCUCUCCCUUGGGGGAGCCACAGGAGGUCCCCUACACCCCUUCCUCGGAGCCACAGGAGGUCCUCUACACCCCUUCCUCAGGGGAGCCACAGGAGGUCCACUACGCCCCUUCCUCGGGGGAGCCACAGGAGGUCCACUACGCCUCCCUCAGCUUUCCCGGGAAGAAGCCGAGGGAGCCUGGGGACCAGGAGGCCCCCAGCACCACCGAGUACUCAGAGAUUAGGAUGAACAAAUGAGGACUCGCCUGGAGCUCAGUCCUGGCGGGAGGAAGCACAGCACGUACGGGGGAAGGAGAAGUCGGGGUAGUGGACGGGGCCUGAGGAACCCUGGUGGCAGUAUACGGGCAUUAGCGGGAGUCGGAGCGUCGCCAGGGAGAGCAGACGUGGGCUCAGACGCAGACUCCCGUGCCCCCGAAGGCAGAGCCAUCAGCACCUGUUUCCCGUUCUGUAAGCCAGUGAUCAAGCAUCCUGCCUCAGACGCGGCUGUGAGCAUUAAAGAGAUCAACACUCAGAAAUGAGGCAACAGAGGCCCUGUCGCACAGCGUGGUCUCCCCCUUGAACAGAAAGGUCCUGCUGCAAGUCCUCCUGAGGCUGGGGGUCAGCAGGCCAUCUUGUUGGUGUCAGUCUCCUUCCCAGAACUCGUCAAAGCCUCCCCGGGAAAAGACCAGCCCCUCAGCUGACAUUCAGUUCAGGAUGGGGCAUCUUAGAAUCUUCGGGCGUCAUCUCCCUGCCCCACUUUCACGUGUCAGUUCUUGCAGCACAUUCCUUCACCUCCUUACCUCCAGGCCCCUUUCCUAUCUCAUUUAUGGGUGUCAACCUUAAAAAAUAAACUAUUUGGUUAUUUUACUA